AUGGCGGGGAAGCCCAAGCUUCACCACUUCAACGGACGAGGCCGAAUGGAGUCCAUCCGGUGGCUCCUGGCCGCAGCAGGAGUAGAGUUUGAAGAAGGACUUUUUGAAACACGUGAAGAAUUUGAGAAACUGAUCCAAGGUGGAACCCUGAUGUAUGAACAAAUGCCCAUGGUCGAAAUCGAUGGGAUGAAUUUGGCAGAAACCAGAGCUAUCCUAAGAUACCUAGCUGCAAAAUCUGACUUGCAUGGAAGGAACCUGCAGGAACAAGCCUGGAUUGACAUGUAUGUAGAGGACCUGAGCGACAUGAUUAUGUUCUUUCCACUGUCCCUGCCUGGAGAGAAGAAGAAGAAUCUUGAAGACAUCCUUGAAAGAGCUACUACAAGAUUCUUCCCUGUCUAUGAGAAGGCUCUAAGAGACCACGGGCAAGAUUUCCUUGUGGGCGAUCAGCUGAGCUGGGCCGAUAUACAGCUCCCCGAAGUCAUCUUAAUGGCUGAAGAGGGCAAACCCAGUGUCCUCGCAGGCUUCCCUCUGCUACAGGAAUUCAAGGCCAGAAUCAGCUACAUUCCCACAAUUUGCAAAUUUCUGCAGCCUGGAAGCCAAAGGAAGCCUCCACUAGAUGAAGGCUCCAUUGAGACCGUGAUGAACAUAUUCAAAUUUGAACGUGGCAUGUUUCUCAAAAACAUGGGCACUAUAUAG